CGCGCGUAUGUACACCGGAGCUCCGCGAGCUGAGGAAGUCGUUUAAAACCGUUCAUGAUUUGACACAGCAGGAUCGUGGGGUCCGAAGGUGCAGCCUCGAUUAAAUCUGUUUCGCGCUCAGACAUUGCUGACCUGGGAAUAUCAUAUUGCAAGUGAUAUGAAGAAGGAAAGGCCGUGACGGAAGGGAAUUCGAAGACAAGAGUAGCCCCGGUGAAUGCAGGAACAUGCCUUCAGCUACCGGUGGGACCAACCAAAUAGGGCAGCAGAAGGGAGGGGGGACUAUGCCCAGUAAUGAAGAAUGUGGAAUCAGAGAUGUAUGGGGACACAAUCUAGAAGAGGAGUUUCGUACAAUUCGUCAAGUCGUGCAACAAUAUCAGUACAUUGCGAUGGAUACAGAAUUUCCGGGUGUUGUAGCUAGGCCUAUUGGAGAAUUCAGAACUAAUGCCGACUAUCAAUACCAGCUCUUACGUUGCAAUGUAGAUCUUCUGCGAAUAAUUCAACUUGGUCUCACAUUCCUUGACGAGUCGGGGAAUACGCCAGGCGGUAGCUAUACAACAUGGCAAUUUAAUUUUAAAUUCAACUUACAUGAAGACAUGUAUGCACAGGAUAGUAUAGAUAUGCUACAAAAUAGUGGUAUACAGUUCAAGAAACAUGAAGAGGAGGGCAUCGAUCCUUUAGAGUUUGCCGAGCUGUUAAUGACAUCGGGAAUUGUUCUUGUUGAUGACAUAAAAUGGCUGUCCUUUCAUUCUGGCUACGAUUUUGGUUACUUAUUGAAACUCCUGACGGAUCAAAAGUUACCACAGGAGGAAAGUGAAUUUUUCGAGCUUCUUAGGAUAUACUUUCCGACGAUAUAUGAUGUAAAAUACUUAAUGAAAUCGUGCAAGAAUCUGAAAGGUGGUUUACAAGAGGUGGCAGAACAGCUAGAAAUUCAGAGAGUAGGUCCUCAGCAUCAAGCCGGCUCCGAUUCCCUUCUUACUGGGAUGGUCUUUUUUAAGAUGCGAGAAAUGUUUUUUGAAGAUAAUAUUGAUGAUGCAAAGUACUGUGGACACCUAUAUGGUUUGGGAACGUCAUUUGUCAUGAAUGGAUCUGGCGGAUAUAUGGACAGUAAUGGAGAUAAUGCCUCGACGUCGUAAUAUUAAAGAAAGAAUCAACCGUAACAGAGAGAUUAUUUCAUUACAAAUAAAAUGUUAUAAAAAAGUCUUUUCACUUAAUGAUGAAGUGUAUGGUUCAUAUCCGCAAUAUUAUAUUGACAUCAUUGCUGUAGGUUUCCACACGAAAGGCAAUUUAGACGUGUCUCUUUAAGAUCUCUCUUCCUUACUUUUAAUUUUUUUGAAUUCUUUCUGUGACUUUUUGUAGGUUUCUUCUGUGAUACGUACCAUCAAUCGAAAAGAUUUACAACAUUGAACACACAUACAAAAGUGUAAUAUAAUUCUUUUUGUAAACA